AUGGCUAGAGACGGAGGAAAAGAUGCCCAAACGGCAACAGCAACAGAGGCAACGGCACUUCUGGCGCCCAGGCCAAGACGCGAGCCUUCGAGCGCAAGUCUCGCCCAUGUCCUGAGCCACGGCGUACCCGACGGAGAGGUGUUGCCGUACAACGACUACUCCACCAUCGACUGGCUCCAUCAUCUCGUAAGCGACAAUCUUCGACGAACCGAGACCGUGCCGCCCCGACGGCGCAGCAUCCGGCGCGUCGUCGCCGCGUGGUGGGAUUCCAUCCUAGGCUGGAUCGCCGCGUUUGCCAUUGGCAUCCUCACCGCCUGCGUCGCGUUUGCCGUGGACAUUCAAGGGGCGUGCUCCAACUGGAAGCCGUGGGCCGGCACCUUUACGUCCAAGUACGCGAUAUACGUCGGUUUAGCCUUGGUGUUCGGUGUCAUAGCCGGAAGCCUGACGAUGUUGACCAAGACCAACCUCCCGGCCAUGGUGCUGGAGUCCAAAGAGGCCGACGAAGAGCCGCCCUCCAGCACCCCGAAGUACGUCAGGAGCGCGGCCGGGAAGACCAUGUAUCUCGCUGCCGGCAGCGGGAUCCCCGAAAUCAAGACGGUGCUCUCGGGCUUCGUGAUCCCCCACAUCUUCGACUUCAAGGUCCUCGUGGUGAAAGCGGUCGGCGCCACGUUCGCCGUCUCGACCGGCAUGUGCCUCGGCAAGGAAGGCCCGUUCGUCCACAUCUCCGCCUGCGUGGGCUACCUCGUGUCGAGCCUGAUUCCCAAGUACGCCUCGAACCCCCGCAAGAUGAGGGAGAUGCUCAGCGUGGCGUGCUCCGCGGGUCUGUCCGUCGCGUUCGGCGCUCCCAUCGGCGGCGUCCUGUUCAGCUACGAGGAGAUCAGCACCUACUUCCCGCGGCGCGUCCUCUGGCGCUCCUUCCUCUGCUCCCUCGUCGCCGCCGCCACCCUCAAGGAGCUGAACCCGACGGGCACGGGCAAGCUGGUCCUGUUCGAGACCAACUACGGCGUGAAUUAUCAGCUCGUGCACUACACCACGUUUUGCGAAUUUUCGGUGGUCCAAGUUUUUCCGGCAGAUCCCCUCAUCAAGCGCAACCCGGUGUUCGAGCUCGCGCUCGUGGCCUUGAUCACGGCGCUGCUCCAGUAUCCGAACCAGCUGAUUCGUGAUCCUGGGGAUAUUGUUAUGGAGCGGUUGCUGGUGGACUGCAACGACACGCGCGAGGAUUGGAUUUGCGAGCAGGAGGCCAAGAUUUCCGGCAAGGGGCCUUAUUACGCGUGGCUCAUCUCGGGCACCUUUGUCAAGCUGAUCUUGACCACCAUUACGUUUGGCUGCAAGGUUCCGUCGGGCAUCAUUAUUCCCGCGUUGGAUGCCGGCGCUCUCUUUGGGCGCAUGGUGGGGCAAGUCGUCCCCGACAUCUCGCCCGGCAUCUUCGCCAUGGUGGGUUCGGCGGCCUUUCUCGCCGGGGUGAGCCGGAUGACGGUGAGCUUGGCCGUCAUCAUGUUCGAGCUGACGGGCGAGUGGGUCGCGGACAGCAUCAGCGCCGACGGCGUGUACGAUUUGUCCCAGCACUUGAUGGGUCAUCCGUUUCUGGAUUCCGACCGGGCUCUCCGAAAGGUGCGCGACAUUCGUAUUUCCGAGGGUUUGGCCACGGCCGAGGCCCUGAUCCGGCCGACCAAGACCAUGGAUGAGAUCAUGGUGUUUGCGGGGCCCGAGUAUCGCAUCUCCGCUUCGAUGCUUCGUCGGAAGCGGGAUAGGCUGCAGGCCCGCGGCCUCAUGGAUUCGGGGCUGGUCAUUGUUAAUGAGCAGGGGCUUUGCCACGGGUACUUGUCCGAAGAACAUCUCGAGUCCGUGCUUCACGGGAUAGACGAGGUGGAGGCUGAGGCCGGGGCUGUCAUCCAAGACGUGGAUAUCCUGGACCUUCCGUUAUCGUCUCUCAUUGACAGAAACCCGGUACUCCUCCAGGCCGGCGCGCCGCUCGAGUACGCGGUAGAGAUGUUUGACAAAUUGGGGCUGCGAUAUCUGGUUAUUGUGGAGGACGGCGCAGCUAGAGUAUUGGGCGUUGUGGUGAAGAAGCGUUUAUUGGGCUUCUUUGAUUCGCAUGGUCGACUUUAA